AUGAGGAUCGUCAACAUGGGUCCAGAUCCUUCCCUGACUUAUCGGCCCAAUGUGGAGGAGAUGAAAAAAGAGAAGGAAGAGUACAGAAACUAUGAGAAUGGAGAUUUGAUCGAUCGAGUUUUUAAUACCUACAAACUGAUGCACACCAACCAGACCCUGAAGUUUGUCAAGCAGAAGCACGCAGAGUGGACCUGCUUCAGCCACAGUGAGAUGGGGAUGAUGGAGGCCGUCAUGUCCCUGGACCAGCUGGUGGAUGAGUCCGACCCAGAUGUGGACUUCCCCAACUCUUUCCACGCCUUUCAGACCGCAGAGGGCAUCCGCAGGGAGCACCCCGAUAAAGACUGGUUCCCGCUGGUGGGGCUCAUCCACGACGUGGGCAAGAUGAUGGCACUGUGGGACGAGCCGCAGUGGGCUGUGGUUGGAGACACCUUUCCAGUCGGGUGCAAGUUUCAAAAAAAUAUUGUUUUCCGUGACACUUCUUUCCAAGAAAAUCCAGAUGAGAGAAACCCAAACUACAACACUGAAUGCGGCAUCUAUGAAACGCAGUGUGGGUUGGACAAAGUGCUCAUGUCCUGGGGUCACGAUGAAUAUUUGUACCGGGUUUUGAAGUUUAACAACUGCUCCAUCCCGGAUGAGGGGUUGUACAUGAUCCGCUUUCAUUCCUUCUACCCCUGGCAUUCACACGGAGACUACUUCCAUCUGUGCAACGACCGGGACCUCCAGAUGCUGCCCUGGGUCAAAGAGUUUAACCAAUUUGACUUGUACACAAAGACAACAGAGCUGCCGGACGUGGAGCAGCUGAAGCCAUAUUACCAGACUCUUAUUGACAAAUACUGCCCCGGAAUCCUCAAGUGGUGA